AUGUUAUCAUUGCAAUCUCCUCACAAGCUUGUUAUUAUAUUUAUCGCAAUACUUAUCACACAAUUUUCUGUCACGCAGGCGAGUGAUAGUACAGCGAGGAAUAGUACAGUCUCAGUUCAAUGUAUGGGCGGAUUUUCUUCAAACCCCGUCACACAAAACGCAACUUGCUUGGAUAAGGAUGAUCAGAGAUGGGUUUGCCCAAGGGCCCAGUGCGGCAAAGACGGUCACCUGUAUGUAUCAAUGAAGGGGUGUUUUCACAAUGGUGAUUUGCGCUCUGGGGCAAGUAAUCAACAAUGUGCUCAGUAUAAUAAUCAACCCAAUUCAUUUUACGCAUGUCAGAAUCCGGGGGGUGAAGUUUACCUUUGCCCUUACAACGCGACUGAGGGACAGCCACCUUACAUCACUUGUGCAGAUUGUGUCAAGUCAGAAGACCAAGUGGCGCCUUCGGGAGGUCCAGGGAGAAGAUAG